AUGGCUUCUCGCCAAACGCAAAAAGCCUCCCUCUGGCAACAUUGGGACGCGUGUCUCAUUUUUGGCUCCGAAACGCAGCGGGAGACUUGCUCGAGCAUCACGGCUCGGGGCGCCGUCACCCUCGAGUUUGCCGUGGACGAAAGUGCCUUGCUGGCUUUUCGGCAAAAGACGCCGGAAGCUGACUUACUUCAGCUCGCCUGGUGCAUGGUCGUGGGGUUCUAUGCCGGCUCGGAAGAUGUUUGCACCGCCGUCUACGCGGACGGCGCCGAGAGACUUCUGAGAUGCAAAUUGGAUCCGCAGAGGACAGCCACGGCCAUAAUCUCGUCUAUUGAGCAAGCGCCCUUGCCAAACAGCGACGGCGGCUUCGAUGAUUCCGACGUUGAACGAGCGACCGAAUUAUUCGACACUGCCUUGUUCAUCGUUCAACGAGGGUCGCCUGCAAAGUACGAUGGUGCUGCCCGCCCGAACGGACCAUUGCUGGUGGCAGAAGUGGACGCGGGGACAAGGUCCAUAUCAGUCUACUACCCAACAGCAAUAGUCAGUGAGAAAUGGGCACAGAGAGCGGCAUCUCUCUUUGCGCGAUGUGUUGAGCAAAUAAUAGCUUGUCCCGACCAACAACUCAGCGACCUCGAUAUACUGCCUCCCACCGAAGCGGAACAGAUACAACAAUGGAACGACAAAACCUUCGGGAGCUACAAUGAGUGUAUCCAUCAGGUCAUCCAUAAAACGGCGCUGGAUAUGCCGGAGAAAUCCGCGGUGUGCAGCUGGGAUGGGAAUUUUACGUACAGCGAGCUGGACUCUGUGUCCUCGCGAGUCGCAUCCAGGCUGCACCAAUUGGGAGUUGAAACGGGCGCCAAUGUAGCCUUCUUCUUCAGCAAAUCCAAAUGGGCCGUGGUGGCAAUGUUGGCAAUUCUGAAAUCCGGCGCUGCAGGAGUCCCUCUGAGCAAGGACUAUCCGCAUGCCAGAAUGCAUACCAUCCUUGAGCUUACUGGCGCAGCUGUCCUUCUCCUCGGUCAGGAUCUGGAGCAUGAACUUGACAUAAUCGACAAGAAGAUUUGCAAGCUAGUCAUCGACGAAAGAAACUUCCCGACUGCUCCUACCGCGCAGAACGAAGAGCAACCUGCUCUUUUCGUGUCUACCUCUGUCCAAUCUACCGAUGCAGCCCAUAUCCAGUUUACGUCUGGUAGUACAGGUCAGCCCAAGGGCAUCAUCGUUGAGCACGGAUCAUAUCUCGCCGUUCGAUGUCACGAGAUAUUCGGCAUCACAAAGGAGUCUCGUGUUCUUCAAUUUGCUAGCUACACUUUUGACGCCAUCCUCGACGAAGUAUACUCUACGCUGAUAGCCGGUGCCUGCAUUUGCAUUCCAUCCGAAGAAGACCGUCUCAACAACCUUGCUGGCGCCAUAACAGACAUGCAAGUUACCUGGAUGGGCAUCACUCCGACACUGGCCCGCGUCAUCAAACCAGAAGAUGUGCCGAGUGUCAAGACACUCUGCACGUGGGGCGAAACUGCCACAACCGACAUCAUCACCGAAUGGGCUGAUGCGGUAGAUUUGCGCAACGUCUACGGCCCAUCGGAAACUUCAGGCACCACCACCGUUUAUUCGUGGUCCAAAGGCAUCAGAGAUCCGACCAUUUUAGGCAGAGCUAUUCCCGAAACGAUAGCUUGGGUUGUCCGCACUGACAACCGCACCCGUCUCGCUCCGAUCGGUGCUAUUGGCGAGUUGGUGCUUCAGGGGCCAACAGUGGCUCGAGGUUACCUCAACGACGAGUCUCGUACGGCCGCAUCAUUUGUAGAUGCGGUUUCGUGGUUACCUCCUGGGUCCCAAAACCAGCGCGCAUACUACACGGGCGAUCUAGUGCGCUAUAGAGACAAUGGAGAACUGCAGUUUUGUGGACGUCAUGAUAACCAGGUUAAAAUCAGAGGAAACCGCGUUGAACUAGGAGAGAUUGAAUACCGUAUCAAUCACAGCGAUUCCUCCAAUGUCAUCGUUUCCGUCGUUGAGGUGAUCCGUCCGCUCUAUCGUCCGACACAGGAACAUCUCGUUGCGUUCCUAAGCGAUGUAUCGAAAGGCGCCUCGACUAUCGCGCCACAGCUACUUCCGUCUGAAGAUGGGACUAGGACCAAACAUGCUGAAAUCGCAAAGAGAUUGGCAAAUCAUUUGUCCAAGCAUUUAAUUCCUUCAGUGUAUCUGCCCGUCAGCUUCAUUCCGACGGCUGCAUCAGGGAAAGCUGCCCGAAAGGUCUUGAGGUCCAUGGCUGAAGCACUUUCCGAGCGACAGCUGCAAAGCUAUUCGCUGGAUGCAUGCCAAAAAACCGAAGAACCCUUGAGGUCUAAGAGGCGGGAAGAGGCAAUCAUGAUCAGCCUGUGGGCCGACAUUUUGAAGUUAGAUGCGCAUGACAUUACCUCGGAAUCCAACUUCUUCUGGUUGGGCGGAAACUCCAUCCUCGCCAUGAAGCUAGCCAUUGCCGCCCGAAAACGGGGACUAGAAGCCACAGUCGCUCAGAUAUUGAACAACCCAAGUCUUGGUCAACUUGUCAAUGUGGUAUCUCAAGAAAGCCAAACCGAGCCUCAAACCAGCCGCAAGUUGGAGUACGAGCCUCUGUCCUCUUUAUCCAGUAUUUUUGCCGCCGAUUUUCUGGAAAGAGUCGCGGCCCCUAUGCUGGCUGUUGAUGCGUCGCAGAUUGAAGACUUGGCUUUGGCGACCGAUUACCAGAUCGAAAACUUGGCAUGGUCCUCACUCAAGUCUCGCGGAGGAACCAACUUUCACACAUUUGACUUUGCGACCGGUGUGGACGGCGGGAAACUCGAAGAAGCAAUUCGCGCCCUUGUUGCCUACCACGCCAUUCUACGAACAGUGUAUUUUGUACAUGGACGACGGGUCUAUCAAGCGGCUUUGAAGCAAUUGCCAUUUGACAUUUGCCACUGGCCUGGUGUGGACGAUGCCGCCAUGGCGACCUCGAAGCUAAUGGAGAUCGAGUCUCAACAGCCUUUGGACAUUACACAGGCUUUAAUCAAAUUUUGGCUCCUUUACGACUCUGAAAGUAAAGCAAAACGUCUGGUAUUCCGAGCCUCACAUCUUCAGUAUGACGGAGUCACGAUUGGGAGGUGGUGGAAGGAGCUUGGCUUACUUCUCAGCGGCUCAUCACUAGCUCCUGCGCCAUCAUACUUCAACUACAUUAGCUUCGCCUCCAAUCACGAUGCUUCUGCGGCCAAGGAAUUUUGGAGUGGACUACUCUCCGGUUCAUCCAUGACAAAUGUCUUUCAACACGAUGCGAUCCCGUACAGGCAUGUCUUGGAUGGAGAAGUCACGAGGAUGGUAGAAACCAGACUGCUUCAAGCCCAUGCAGAAAUCACCAUAGGAACAAUCAUCAAAGCGGCAUGGUCCUUGGUUUUGGCUGAGAUGGCGGGCUCCAAUGAUGUGGUGUUUGGGUCUGUCAUUGGGGGUCGUAACGCGCCGUUCCAGGGCGUAGAGCACGUCUCAGGCGCAUGCAUCAACAAUAUUCCAGUGCGCGUUCGUCUAGAACCUGGCAUGACUCGGUUAGAACUGCUCCAAGCGGUGCAGACGCAGUACUUUGGGGCAAUCCGGUUUGAAAAUUUUCAGUUCAAGCGCAUCGUCAAAGAGUGUACCGAGUGGCGGCCGUGGGAGCGACUGAGCACGCUCGUCGAGUACGAGAACCUCGGCGAAGACGACGAGUAUUUCCCCAUUGGAGACGACAAUACGUACACGGCCAACGAGAUUCGGCCUCCUGCGGACCGACACGAUAUUACAAUCUUCAGCAUGCCUCUGGGUGAAGGCGAAACUUUUAUUGCUCUAGACUUUUCAAAGUCCUUGGUCUCGGAGGAAACGGCGCAGAGAAUGCUUGACCGAAUGAUUGAACACGCCACCGCGUUCUACGAGGAUAUCAAUGCCAAGGUUCUGCCGGCGAAUGCAGAUGAGCUAGGCCUUCCGACGAUUCCCAUGAAGUGGCCCUCUGGACAACUUGAGGAAUACGAAAUUGCACACUACGACCAAAUUGCAGACUUGGAGCAGCAGAACACCGACGACAUGCGACGACUGGUGCAAAAUGCGUGGGUCACGGAGCUUGGCUGCGCGGAGUCGGUUGUUGACAAGCUGUGGACAGAGAAUGUCGCAUUCUAUGAUAUUUGGGGUAACUUGAUGGCAUCGUACGCUUUGAUGAAGAAGUUUCAGGGUCAUGGGCUCAUUGUAACUAUGGAGGAGUUGCUGCGACAUGCAAAUAUGAAGUCUCAAGUCGCUCUUUUGCUGUGUCAGAAGCAGCUUCGGGUGUAG